CGUUCUCCGCGCAGUUAAACUGGAAAGUUGAGGGGAGCAGCGUAGAGUUUGUGCUCUCCACAGCUGGGCAGCUGGAGAGAGUGAGAGAGAGAGCGAAAGAGAGAGAGUGAGAGAGAGACAGGAGACAACGCGAAUCCCUUUGAAAGUCUGGGGCAGGAGAAUGGCGGAAGGGCAGAAUGCUUUCCUUUCGAGACGGCAAAUGUGAGCCCACAACCAUCACCGGCAGAAAACAUUUCAUUUGUGCUCUGAAACCAGGAGCAACUUGUAAACAACAGAGGCAACGGAGCUGAGGGAAGCGUGAGGUGUCCUGUGCCCUCUCAUCUCGAAAUGAACUGUCACUCGGGACUACGAUGGUUGGUAACUUUAUGCGCUUUCUUUCAAGUGGGCUCACUCCGGGACACGCACCAGAGCACGCGGAAAUGUGACAAGCCCGUAUCGCAGAAAGACAUGAACUCCUUCCUAUGGACCGUUAAACGGCCUGCUCCUUACCCUCCGUCCUAUCUGUUUGGGACAAUCCACGUCCCGUACACUCGAGUCUGGGACUACAUCCCUGAAAGCUCGAAACGGGCCUUUCAGACCAGCACCAAUGUUUUCUUUGAACUGGAUCUUACAGAUCCUCUAACCAUCUCAAAGCUCACGAGCUGCCAGCUUCUCCCCAACGGAGAAAACCUCCAGACGUUACUGCCGCGCGAUCUCUACCGCCGACUCAAGCGCCACCUGGACUACGUCAAACACAUGAUGCCUUUCUGGAUGACGGCAGACCAGCGUGGCCGGGGACUUUAUGCCGACUACCUCUUUAACGCCAUCGCAGGGAACUGGGAACGCAAGAGGCCAGUGUGGGUGAUGCUGAUGGUGAACUCGCUGACGGAAGCAGAUGUGCGGUCGCGGGGAACUCCGGUGCUCGACCUGUUCUUGGCGCAGGAAGCCGAGCGUCUCGGAAAGCAGACAGGUGCCGUGGAGAGGGUGGAGGAACAGUGCCAUCCCCUGAAUGGACUGAACUUCUCACAGGUGUUGUUUGCUCUAAACCAGACUCUACUGCAGCAUGAGAGUUUGCGUGCAGGCGUUCUGCAGGACGCCUUCACUACUGAGGACCUCAUCAUACACUACAACUGUGGAGACCUCAACUCCAUCAUCUUCAAUCAUGACACGUCCCAGCUUCCGCAUUUCAUCAACAGUUCCCUGCCAGCUCACGAGCGCUUGACGGCACAGCAGAUCGACAGUUACCUGCGCCAGGAGCUCAUUUACAAACGCAACGAGCGAAUGGCCCGCCGCGUCUCCGCCCUGCUUCAGAGAAACCCCACCCAGAGCUUCUUUUUUGCUUUCGGAGCUGGUCAUUUCCUGGGGAAUCACAGUGUGCUGGACAUCCUGCGCCAGGAGGGCUAUGAGGUGGAGCACACACCAGCGCAUGAGCCCAUCACACAAAGGAGCUGGUCUGAGGUGGAGGAGACUACUGUGAAUCCCACUGAAGGCAGCUCUGAGUCAGUGACGGAAUGGACAUCAGAACCCCCUGAGCUGGAGGAGAUCAGCCAGGAAGACCUCUCCCACAUGCUGCUGCCAGACAGUCUCAGCCAGCUAGAGGAGUUUGGCCGCUACAAGCGUCCCCGUAAAACCCAUCACGCACACAGUCGACCACGGCUGUUCAGUGACCUAUGGGUGCGCAUAGGAGACAGCACAACUCCAAACUCAAAUAUAAGGAUAACCAAUGGCUAUGUGACGGUGGAACCUCCUCAAACACGACAGGAACAACAGCAAAGAAGAACGCCGCUCAGAGACAGAGUGAAACCCCACAGCCAGCCCACAAAUCCCAGUGCACUUGACUCCGCUGCUCCAAACACAACAUAUGCGCUGACUUUCCUUUUGGUCUGUCUCAUUUCACAACUGCUUUUCACUUCCUGAAGAGGGAAAUGGGUCUCUUGGAAGCUCACAAACCAACUCAAUCAGAAUUUUAUCUGAGUGACUUUGCCUGUGGUAAAAAAUAAAUGGCAGUGAAGUACAUUUAGGUACUGCUUAGAUCAAUGUUGGGUGUCUGCCUACAGUAAAUUAGUUACCGCAGUAUGUAGCAGUAGACAUAUGUGAGUAAUUUCUAAUUGUUACAUCUGGCAGAAUGGUAGUCUGUAAGAAUAACAGUAAGAGAAAAACAAGAACAUUUUGUUAUACUUAUGCAAUGACUCUGCCCAGAGGUGAUUCAUAAGAAUCAGCUAAGAUUGUACCUUUUUUAUGUGAAUACCCACAUGACUGUUCCCUAUUGCCCCAUCAAAGCAGACAGCAAAAUAUGAAUGUGCAUUUUUCGGGUAAAUUAAAUGGGGCAACUGAAACUACACCAAAACUAUCAAUGAUAUAAAGGUUAAACACCUAAAUUAUAUAAUAGAAACUUAUUAUGUGAUAUGGUCACUGACAGAUAACUUAAAUAGUUCACAGAGAUGACACUUAUAUUUUGUAAAUUGUGCAUUUGUUCAUACAGAAAUUUUAUAUUUAUUAUUUCAUGAAGAGUAUAUUUUCAUGCAUUUCUCAAGUAUUAAAGUUAUAGUUAUGUAAACAAACUUGUCUUGUUCUGUCCAUUGAUAUUUAACAGCGGAGCUGAGAAAUCAACGCAUACUGCCCUCUACUGGCACUCAAAACCAUAUAAUUUGAUUGUUAUUAUUUGUUACAUAGUACGUGAAAUU